AUGCCUCCUAGAAGACAAACCCGUGCAACCAACCCUGAUGACAACAACAAUAACAAUAAUCCAGAACCUACAAUGGCCCAGAUUCUUCAGAUCUUGGCCCAACAGACUGCCAACCUGACUCAGCAGCAGGAAAGGCAGGCUAAUCCCCAGGUUACUUUCAAAAACUUUCAGUCUGUUAAUCCCCCAGAGUUUAAGGGUUCAGCGGACCCUAUUGAGGCCAGGGUAUGGUUGAAGGAAAUUGAAAAGGCAUUUGUGUUAGUUAAAGUGAGAGAUGAGCAGAAGAUUGAGUUUGCUAGUUAUUAUUUGAAGGAAGAGGCCACCUAUUGGUGGGAGUCUGUGAGAGCAAUGGAAGGGACAGAGGAUGUUACCUGGGAUAGGUUUAAAGAGUUGUUUUUGGAGAAAUACUUUCCUCAAUUUCUCCAGGAUCGAAUGGAGUUACAGUUUUUAGAAUUGAAGCAAGGGGAUAUGUCAGUGGCUGAGUAUGAGAAGAAGUUUGCUGAGUUGGCUAGGUUUGUUCCAACCUAUGUGGAUACCGACAGGAAAAGAGCUAAGAGAUUCCAACAGGGGUUAAAAGCAUGGAUCAGGGGAAAACUAGCCAUAUUGGAAUUAGAUACUUAUGCAGCUGUAGUUCAGAAGGCAAUGAUAGCAGAAACGGAAAGUGAAAUGUCUCAGAAAGAGAAAGAGGGAAAGAAGCGUAAGCCAGAGCAUCACGAGGGACAGUUUCAGCAGGGAAGGUUUCAGAACUUUAACCCGAAGAAAGGGAAAUUUCAGCAGGGGAGAAAUCCCGCUUUUAAGAAGCCAGAUGUAGGUGGUAGUGGACAAGGUAACCGUCCAGCUAUUGGAAAUCAACUAAGGCCUCCACUGCCGGAGUGCCAGAUAUGUGGAAAGAGACACGGGGGAAUCUGUAAUAGAUUGAAUGUAGUGUGUUAUAAGUGUAAUCAGAAGGGACACUAUUCUAGGGAAUGUCAGAACCCACCAGCACGGACCCCAAUGAUUCGAGAUCAACCAGCAAGGAACCAACCCAAUAGGACUCCAGCAGCUGGAAUAACAUGUUUUAGGUGUGGAAAACCAGGACACAUGGUGAAGGAUUGCAAAGUGCCAGCUCCAAGUAACCCUACACUUAGAAUUAUGGGAUCCACUCCAGUAGUCCCAGAAGUUCCUAAAGCCAGGACCUACAACAUGACUAUGAGGGAUGCAGUUUAG